ACCUUAUCUCCGCGCCCCUGCGGGCUCCCAGCGCCCAGAGCUGGUCCUCCGGAGGUGCUGAAGGCGGCUCUCGUGCCGACGGCCACCCACCAUCAUCUGAAGAAGGAGAAUUUGGCAAAUGACAUGCAAGUUUUCCAAGACAGAGUAAUUGCAGAAAAUCUUCAAAGGAGCCCAUCUGCAGAUGUUCUGAGCACCUCUGGGUAUAGAAAUUGAUUUUUCACCCAGGAUACCUAAUUCAAGACCUGCAGACACCAGGAGGCUGAGACGUUGUGUCGGUUUUGUGACAUCGGACCCAACACGAUGAAGUCUUCCUGCUGGGUUCUGGUCUGGGCUGUCCUGGGGGCCGAGCUGCUGGGGAGCCUCUGUUCCACUGCCAGAUCGCCGAGGUUCAGAGGACGGAUCCAGCAGGAACGAAAAAACAUCCGACCUAACAUAAUUCUCGUGCUCACCGAUGACCAAGACGUGGAGCUGGGGUCCCUGCAAGUCAUGAACAAGACAAGAAAGAUCAUGGAGCAUGGCGGGGCGACCUUCAGCAACGCCUUCGUGACCACGCCCAUGUGCUGCCCGUCCAGGUCCUCCAUGCUCACGGGGAAGUACGUGCACAACCACAACGUGUACACCAACAACGAGAACUGCUCCUCGUCCUCGUGGCAGGCCAUGCACGAGCCCCGCACCUUCGCUGUGUAUCUCAACAACACUGGCUACAGAACAGCCUUUUUUGGAAAAUACCUCAAUGAGUAUAAUGGCAGCUACAUCCCUCCUGGGUGGCGAGAAUGGCUUGGAUUAAUCAAGAAUUCUCGUUUCUAUAAUUACACUGUUUGUCGCAACGGCAUCAAAGAAAAGCACGGAUUUGAUUAUGCAAAGGACUACUUCACAGACUUAAUCACUAACGAGAGCAUUAAUUACUUCAAAAUGUCUAAGAGAAUGUAUCCCCAUAGGCCCGUUAUGAUGGUGAUCAGCCACGCUGCGCCCCACGGCCCCGAGGACUCGGCCCCACAGUUUUCAAAACUGUACCCCAACGCUUCCCAACACAUAACUCCUAGUUAUAACUAUGCACCGAAUAUGGACAAACACUGGAUCAUGCAGUACACAGGCCCCAUGCUGCCCAUCCACAUGGAAUUCACAAACGUUCUGCAUCGCAAAAGGCUUCAGACUUUGAUGUCAGUGGAUGACUCUGUGGAAAGGCUGUAUAACAUGCUGGUGGAAACGGGGGAGCUGGAAAACACCUACAUCAUCUACACCGCCGACCACGGUUACCACAUCGGGCAGUUCGGACUGGUCAAGGGCAAAUCCAUGCCGUAUGAUUUUGACAUCCGCGUGCCUUUCUUUAUUCGUGGCCCGAGCGUAGAACCAGGCUCAGUAGUCCCGCAGAUCGUUCUAAAUAUCGACCUGGCACCUACGAUCCUGGACAUCGCUGGGCUCGACCCACCUCCCGAUGUGGACGGCAAGUCUGUCCUCAAACUUCUGGACCUGGAAAAGCCAGGUAACAGGUUUCGCACAAACAAGAAGGCCAAAAUUUGGCGGGAUACAUUCCUCGUGGAGAGAGGGAAAUUUCUACGUAAGAAGGAAGACUCCAGCAAGAAUAUCCAACAGUCAAAUCACUUGCCCAAAUAUGAGAGGGUCAAAGAGCUAUGCCAGCAGUCCAGGUACCAGACAGCCUGCGAACAACCUGGACAGAAGUGGCAGUGCAUUGAGGACACAUCUGGCAAGCUUCGCAUUCACAAGUGCAAAGGAUCCGGUGACCUGCUCCCCGUCCGGCAGAGCACGCGGAACCUCUACUCCCGUGGCUUCCACGACAAGGACAAAGAAUGCAGUUGCGGAGAGUCUGGGUACCGUGCCAGCAGAAGCCAGAGGAAGAGCCAGAGGCAGUUCCUGAGGAACCAGGGGACCCCAAAGUACAAGCCCAGAUUUGUCCACACUCGGCAGACGCGUUCCCUGUCAGUCGAAUUUGAAGGCGAAAUAUACGACAUAAACCUGGAGGAAGAAGAACUGCAGGCGCUGCGACCGAGAAACAUUGCCAAGCGUCACGACGAGGGCCGCAACGGCCCGGGAGGUCGCCAGGCCGCCGGCGGUGCCGACGGGGACACGAUGCUGGCCCACAGCGGCAACGCCGUGGGCCUGCCCACCACCGUGCGAGUGACCCACAAGUGCUUUAUUCUUCCAAAUGAUACAAUCCACUGCGAGAGAGAACUGUAUCAGUCAGCUAAAGCCUGGAAGGACCACAAGGCAUACAUCGAUAAAGAGAUCGAAGCUUUGCAAGAUAAAAUUAAGAAUUUGAGAGAAGUGAGGGGUCACCUGAAGCGAAGGAAGCCCGACGACUGUGUCUGCAGCAAGCAGAGCUAUUACAAUAAAGAAAAAGGUGUCAAAAAGCAAGAGAAAUUAAAGAGCCAUCUUCACCCAUUCAAGGAGGCCGCUCAGGAAGUGGACAGCAAACUACAGCUUUUCAAGGAGAACCGACGGAGGAAGAAGGAGAGAAAGGAGAAGAAACGGCAGAGGAAGGGGGAGGAGUGCAGCCUCCCCGGCCUCACCUGCUUCACGCACGACAACAACCACUGGCAGACGGCCCCCUUCUGGAACCUGGGGUCUUUCUGUGCUUGCACCAGCUCUAACAAUAACACCUACUGGUGUCUGCGUACGGUUAACGAGACGCACAAUUUUCUCUUCUGCGAGUUCGCCACGGGCUUCUUGGAGUAUUUCGAUAUGAAUACAGAUCCUUACCAGCUCACCAACACAGUGCACACGGUGGAGCGAGGAGUUCUGAAUCAGCUGCACGUCCAGCUGAUGGAGCUGAGAAGCUGCCAAGGGCAUAGGCAGUGCAACCCCAGACCUAAGGGCCUCGAAGUGGGAAAUAAAGAUGGAGGAAGCUAUGAUCUACACAGCACACGUAAGACAGAGCAGAAGAACCCACUCUUAAGCUGGCCUCACCCGGGAUAUGGGCUGACGAGAGGACAGUUAUGGGAUGGAUGGGAAGGUUAAUCUGCCUAGUCUCCCGGCAGACGUCAACUGGCAAGGCCUGGAAGAUUUGUACGGUGUGAACGAAAGCAUCUAUGAAUACAGACGGAACUAUAGACUUAGUCUGGUGGACUGGACUAAUUACUUGAAGGAUGUAGAUAGAGUAUUUGCACUGCUGAACAGUCACCACGAGCAAAACAAAG